GCAGGCCGCCCCGGGAUGGGCCGAGAGUGCAACGAUGAUGUAUUUAUUUACUUGGGAGCCCGCAUCUGGCUGGAGCCCGCGGUGACGUCACGUGCCCGGCCGCGGGUCACGUGCCCGCCCGCCCCGCCCCGCCCACCUCCUGCUGCCGCCUGUGCCGCCGCCGCCUGUGGAGAGCGGAGUCCUGCCGCGGCAGCCGCUCGGAUCUCUCCGGGGAACGCGGAACGAGGAGGGCACUGGGGUAGGCGAGCGGGCCGGGAGCCAGAGCGGACGAGGAGGCGGCAGCAGCGGCGCGGCGGACCCGGGGAGACGCGGUCAACGCUCCUGAAAACUUAGGCGCGCACUCGCGACACUGCGUCCGCGGCCGGAGCGAUGAAGAUGGUCGCGCCCUGGACGAGGUUCUACUCCAACAGCUGCUGCCUGUGCUGCCAUGUCCGCACUGGCACCAUCCUGCUUGGCGUUUGGUACCUGAUCAUCAAUGCUGUGGUACUGCUGAUUUUAUUGAGCGCCCUGGCUGAGCCAGACCAGCGUCACUUUUCAAGUUCUGAACUAGGAGGUGACUUUGAGUUCAUGGAUGAUGCCAACAUGUGCAUCACUAUUGCUAUUUCUUUUCUCAUGAUUGUGAUAUGUGCAAUGGCUACUUAUGGAGCAUAUAAGCAACGCGCUGCCUGGAUCAUCCCGUUCUUCUGUUACCAGAUCUUCGACUUUGCCCUGAACGCCUUGGUUGCAGUCACUGUGCUCGUCUAUCCAAACUCCAUUCAGGAGUACAUACGGCAGCUGCCUCCUAAUUUUCCGUACAAAGAUGAUAUCAUGUCCAUGAAUCCUACCUGUUUGAUCCUUAUUAUUCUUCUGUUCAUUAGCAUUAUCUUGACUUUUAAGGGUUACUUGAUUAGCUGUGUUUGGAACUGCUACCGAUACAUCAAUGGCAGGAACUCCUCUGACGUCCUGGUUUAUGUCACCAGCAAUGACACUUCGGUGCUGUUACCCCCGUACGAAGAUGCUGCUGUGACGGGCCCUGCAAAGGAGCCGCCACCACCUUACGUGUCAGCCUGAGCCUGAGAGUGGGGUGGGGCAGAGAGCAGCAGCUUUGCUUUUCAUAUGUCUGAGCAAUAGUUCUAUUAUUUCACUCUUGAGAUGAGCUCUCUGAGUUUGUUGCUGAAAUGCUACAUUGUAAAAUUUAGAUGUUAAUUUGAAACCUUGUCUAGUUUUAAACAUAUGCUUUAGCUGAAACACUGUGGUAGGUUAGCUGUAGAAUUUUUCUUGUCAGGGUGGGAUUGUAACUGGCUUCACUAGUCUUCCCCAGGCAAUGAACCCUCCCCAGGGUCAAGGGGAUUUUGAGUCAGAGAAGUCUGCCUUUGUACCUGCUGGGCCCCAACUUGGGCAGUGAGUCUUAUUUCUUCUCUCUGUUCCUUUGUUAAUCUUUUGAAAAUGGAAAAUAAAAUUAGACAAUGCUUUUUAUAAACCAUUCCAGUUUAAGAACAAGCCCUUAUGAAAACAGGAAUGUUAAUUGUGUAAUCAUUGCUCUAAUUAAGCUAAUAAGUCCUUGUAUACAUAGUAUAUGUUCUAAGAAUUUCCUUAACAUCCUUUAUGAUUUAAAUUCCAUGACGGUUUGAAUUUGCCAGUCAAGGAUUCUCUCUGUGGGCUGAAUUAAGACUGUUGGGUAUUACCAGGCAGUGAGAAUGUAACUGUCUGCAGCUGUUCUUGGACAUCCUGUGCCUGGCCAUGGGGCCGCGUGUCCCAUCUGUGUUAGGGGUGACGCUGACUUUUUUGGCACUGUGGGCAUCUGGGGAUCCUUCUCUCCUGGUUCCCUUCCCCACCUAGGGCCCUUUUUACUCCCUGUUCUGCCCAAUUCAAAGAGGACAUCCAACUUACUUUAUCAAGUAGAGCUGGGAUAUGUUGGACAGACAUUUGCUGAAAAUGAAAGAUUUUCUUCUUUUCCUGCAAAAGGUACAUCCUACUGCUUCGAACACCCAAGUAUGCCUAGUCACCUUUUAAAAUGUUAAAACAUAGGUGUUGUGGCGGGCGCCUGUGACACCACGGCACUCUACCGAGGGUGACAUAGUGAGACUCUGUCUCAAAAAAAAAAGGUGUAAAACAGCCUUCAGAAAAAGGAGUGUUGUUGCUUUCCUUGUAUGCUCUUACUUAACUACCUGAAUUGCAGGGAUUUUUAUGUAUUCGUAUGUUCAGAAGUCAGCAGCUGUGCUGUUGGUUCACUAGUGAAUGUGCUAUACCCGAAACAUUUGGCAAUUAAAGGGAGAUUCGCCCACAUCCAAA